ACCCUUUUUGCAUCAUACUUACUGUUGAUUAAUAAUCAUAUGCUAUUUUACUGAAGCGUAAAAGAUUAUAAGAUUUGGAGCAGUGAAAAUGUAUCACUAAUGUGUAGCGAUAUCAAGAAAUCCAGUGUCUCUGGAAAUGUUUUUUUUUCAGUGAAAAAAAUUCAUCAGUUCUGUGACUUUGAUAAUGAGCAUGAAAUUUUAGAUUCUAUGCUGCUCAGCUAUUAUGACAGACUUUUGGUCCGAUUUAAUACCCAGCAAGCCUGCUAAUUUUAGUUGGGAAAACAAGUCAAUUGAUGUAGCCAUAAAAGGCUGCUUUUCAUAUUAUGACACUACUGCAUGUGUCAGGAAUUCCUUGUUGGCCUUCCUUGGAUUUAUAACACUUUUCCUUUGUGCUAUUCGUAUCACAAGGCUACAUGUGCUUCAUCAUCCACAACUUCACCAAUAUCUAGUAUUUUACUUUGCUAGUUUUGAAGUAUUAUUUUUGUUGGUGAAAUGGAUUGCAGUCAGCAGUUGUUACCAAAUGGAAUUCAUUGCUUCAUAUGUAAAAAUGCUACAAUUCAUUCUUCUGUGUCAUUUCCACUGGUCUCUAGUGUCACGCAUACUGCAUCAAAAGAAGCUGAUUAGUUGGGUAAUAAUUCCAUUUCUUGUUGGAUUUUUCGCCUUUCUUUCCUUAGUCACUGCAUUAGGCUUGAUAGCUCACUUUUCACCAUGGACUGCAUGUUUAGCUCCACACUGGAUAUUGCUGUCCUUCGCCGAGUUCUUGGGAAUCCAGUUGUAUGUUGUUGCUGGCAUUUACAUAACCAAAAAAAUAAAUUCCAUCUCUGCCCUUGAUUCAUUUAAGAGAGAGCAAAAGAGAGAUUUAUGGAGUGUUAUUGCUACAUAUGAGUUCUCAUCUGUAACAUCUUUGGCCUAUUACUCAACUUUACAAGCAUUGGGAAACCACGAAAACGGAUGCAGUGGAAUAUUUGAUCAUGCUCAAGAAAUAUAUUCCCCCGUUUAUGCUACAUUUAUGAUCAUAAAAUAUUUGCUCCCUAUUUGGGUGAUGCUGUUGGUAUUUUAUCCAACUAGAGGAUGCUUAUCAAGUGAAGAUGAGAGACUUCUUGGAUGGUCAGGAGAUGGUUCAACUACAUCCAUGUUCAGCCCUGGUACAAGAAAUCAAGAAUGUUAUAAACAACUUGUGCUACCAGUGGAGAAUGGAAUAGGUAAUGAAUAUCCUACAAUACGACGAUCUGCUUCAUCACCAGCCUUCUUCUCCAAACCACCAUUGACUCCCAUAACUGAAGAAGAGCCGAUCUUGCCUCCACUUCGUGUUCCUUAUGAAAAUUAUGGUGCUGUUGAUCCUUACUAUGCAGUGGCAGGACCUGUGGUCACACGAGGCUCUAGGACAAGAUUGCGUCAUGAUACAGAAUGGUCUUCGAAAGGAUCAAAGGGCAAGAAAACAAAACAUCCAGUUUCUCUCAAUCAGUGCUCAGAUGAAAUAGAAAAUGUUGCUUCAUCAUCUGGAGAAAGAGCUUAAAACUCAUCAAAAGGAUACUUUAUAGUGAUAUUUACAUGCAGAAAAUAGAAAUUUGAUUUUUUUAAAUUAGAAAAAUAUUUAAAUGCAUUUUCUUAUUGGUAUAAAUAAGAAAGUGUUUAAACUGUAUAUAAAGUGAUUGCAUUUACAUAAACAUAAAUGCAAAUGCAUAUAAAUCAAUCUCUUGAAAUUUCAAAGUAUUUCUUAAUUAAUCUUAGUAUUUAUAUAUUGCAUGCAGUAUUUUCUUGUACAUUUUUAAAUGUAAAUGUAUGUGUAUAUUCUAUGUGUUAAAUAAUUUUAUUAAGAUAUUGACAAGCUGACUUUAUUGUCUGCAGUAUAUUAAGUGUAAAACAAUUUAUCUUUCAUUUAGUGAAAGAUAGUGAUAAUAGUAUCAGAAUCUGACAUAGUUAAUGAUUAUUAAUUAAUGUCUUCCUGAAUGUUCCUUAAAACAUAAAACUUUGGCUUGUGGAAAUGUUUUUCAUUUUUUAGCUUUCAGGAUACAUGCAGGUUGAAUACCCCUUAUCCAAAAAUGCAUGCUUCCAAGAAUAUUUUAGAAAUCCGUAGUUUAGUUUGUUGAAAAGAUAAUGAGAAGCAGAACCAGCAGCCUGAUUGUACGUGAGCUAAUUUAGCAUUGGAAGAUGUAAAGAAAGGUUCAUAAGUUGUGAAAAGUGAAGUUCAUUGGAAAAUUUAAAUGAAUUUUUUAUGGAAAAUGUUUAACUUAUCCUACAUAAAAUUCAAUAUACUUAUUAGGAUUAUUACAGAUGGUUCCUAUUUAAAGGGAAAAAUGCCUUUGUGGAAAAUUUCAGAAAACCUGGCUCGUGCUCAUGUAAUGCAUGAGAAAAUCCACUUCUCUAGAAUUUGAACCCAAGCUGAACUACUACUAAUGUUUAAUGAUCUCAUUGCUCAGCCACUGAUGGGCCUACAUACAUAUAAUAUAUCAGAUUACAAAUUCUAAAAAUUCUGCUUUGCUGAAACUUAUGGGAAAUCAUAUAGAUUAACAGACAGCUUUUUUAAGCCAGAUGGCCAGGUACAUACAACUUAAUGCAUUCAUUGGAUGGGCUGUAGCCGUCUCAUUACCGAGAGCAGUUGCCUAGGGAGCAAUUGAUAUUACAGACAUUGAGAAGGGAGGGCAAGACACUCAUAAACAAUUAAGCCUUUCAUGGAAUUCAAACCCAUGCUGUGAAAUUUGGACUAGCAGUUAGUCUCCAUGAACCACUAACCAUUCAGGAUGACUCCUCAUGCAAUCUUUUUUAAACUGGAAACUUUCUUUUUGGGUAUAAAAUUAGAAAGUAUGUUUAACACCAUUUGAAUUAUCCUCUUUUGCCAAGACUAUAGGUAUUUUUUGUCUGAGGGAGUGUAUAAUAAAAGAGGAAUACUACUCAAAAACUGGCCUGAAUUAGAUGAUUUUUAAAUACUGCAGAGAGUAAGUUUUAUACUGUUACAAAAAUCUACAUGCUGUUAAACGAUUACUACAAAUUUUAGAAUAAUUUGGAUUUGGGUUACUCAACUUGUAUUAGCUUAUGAAAAAAAAUAAUUCAUCAUAUUGAACUGUUAAAAUGUAAGAUGUAAAAAGGUUUGAACAUUUUCAAUGCAUUUCCAAAAGUAAAAUGUUAAGUAUCAGUAAGGGCUUUUACCUAAAUCUUCUUAAUUAUUAUACCUUAAAAUUGUUCUUCAAUGUAUAUAUGUCUUAAACAUUUCAUAGUACUAAUGUCGGUAAAACUGCAGAAGGUCUUAAGCAGUGAUAAAUAAGUUCAAGGCAAGCAUUCAGCAUAAUGCUCAGUAUUUAAGUCAUAGUUAUGCCUCUUUUAUUGUAGCAUUGCUAUUAAAUAUAAAAAUAGAGGCAAUGCUUUAUAAUUAGGCCUGAAAUGAACAUGUAGUAUGCUGAAAAUGUAAGACCAUGUAAGUAAAAUCAAAAUAUUUAGAUAUUAUGAGAAAACAUUAUGUGUGUGUGUGUAUAUAUAUAUAUAUAACAGUAAAUUUAAAACAUGGUUAUAACAUAUUGAAUGAAAAGUCACAAACAAAAAUAGAAAAAACAAAAUAUGUGAUACAGCAAAAAAUAUAUGGCAGAGUCAUAUGUAUGUUGGCUCAUAAAAUAAAGCAGACACCAUUCAAAUAUUUUUUAUAAUUAGACUUAAAUCAUUAGAACAAUUUUAACUGUAGAAAGAAAAAAAAUGAAAUGAAUUAUUGUCAACUCUUCAGCAUCUUUAUAAUGUUUUUCAAAUCAUAGCAAUAUGCUAUUUACCUGUUAAUUUUUUUAGUAUGAGUAGUCCACUUCUCUAGAAGUGGACUUUUUUUAGUAUAAGUAAAACUCUUAACAAAAUAACUUAUAGUAGCAUAUAACAAUUAGCUACCAUGAGCUAGUUUCAUAAUUGUUUUUAACUAUCAAUAUUGUGAUUAUUUAUGUUCCAAUAACCCCUUUCCAUGAAUAUAUAAGAAGCAGUAUCAAAGCUUGGAUGAUAGCAGAGGAGCUGUCACACAAGCUCAUAAGCACAAAGUGCAAAGUCUAUAUUUUUUGUUUAUUGUCGUUUUUUUACCAUAUUACAAGAAUCUCUCUCCAUUCUUUUAAUGGAAUCGCAUGCUGUGACUAUAAAUUGUCAUAAAAAAAUAGGUCCACAGUUUUAAAUUCUUUGAGAAGCAUAUUUCAUUAAGUAAAAUGCAGUUCAUAUUUGAAUGUUUACUAUCCUAGUUACAACUAAACAGCAAGUUGAUUCAAAGAGUAUGUUUCUUCCUUUGAAAAAUCCUCUACAGUGCCUUGAAUUCCAUAGCAAUAUCCUGAUCUUAAUUACUACUAAUAUACUAUAUUUGUCACAUUUGAUUGUUUUGCUUACUCUUUAUUUUACUUAACUUAUGUUGGAAUCAUAAGCUAAUGUUUUAUAUGUGUAUUUUUAGAAUGCAUAUGAGUUGUUUAUGAGUGUACUUUGUUAAUUACUCAAAUUAUAUUUAUGGAAUAGAGUGCAGCCAUUUAUAAGUAAUGACUACUUAAUUUUGUAAUUUUGUUCUUUGAAAGUGACUGAGUUAAAUUGCAUAUACAAUAGAUACUGCUUAAUGUGAUCUCGCUUGUUCUUAUAAUUCGAUUAUUUCCAAAGUCCCACCCAUUUAUAUAUGGAAAACAUGGAAAAUGCAUCACUUAUUGUGAUCAUUUCGAUUAAUAUGAUCAAAAUAUUAUAGAACACACUUUCUAAAUUUAAAAAAAAUCGCUAAAUGAAAGAUAAAGUUGCCAAAUAAAUUCAAAAUAGAUUUUAAAUUUGACAGCUAAUGGAGAAAUGUCACCUAGUAAGGGAUUAAGUUGCCAAAAAGCUUGAUUUCAAUUUUAAUCAACUGUUUAAAAUUAGGCAAAAAAUAAAUAUAGUUUAACAUCGAUUUUUAAUAAAUCUAUCGAUUAAUCAGAAUGAUUAGACCAAAACCAAUUUUCUGCAGAAGUGGUCCCCCCCCCACACACACACAUGAAAACAUAUGAGAAACUAAAGUUUCUUUUCUGUUUUGCAUAAUUUUUAAUUUUGCAUUAGCAUGUUCUCAUCCAAUGAGGGAUUCACUAAGAUCAGGGUUGCAGUAUCAAUGAAAUAAUUUCUUGUUCAUAAAUUAACUUUUGUGUCAACAGUUACAGCAACCAAUUAUUAAUGACUUUAUUCCUAAUUAACAGGCUACAAUACAUGUUUAUAAUCAUAGUUACAUUAAAUUAGUAAAAUUUCAUUAAUAUUUUGAGGCAUGUAUUUUUUAUUACUUAAUGCUACCAUUCAGUAAAUGUUAUCAAAAUAAGCAUGGAUAAGCAGGAUUCAUAUUAAGCAGUGCGUACUAAGCAUGCAAAAACAUUUUGUUAAUAAAUAUUACUAAUGCAUACGAGAAUCCUCUUUUGUUUCAGAGGUGAAAUAUUUCUCUUAAUCUUGAUAAAUAUGUAGUUAUAUUUUGAUAAUUUUCUUUCAGUUAUGUUUUGGAGCCAAAGUUUGUAUUGUAUAAAUUUAAGUAAUAAUGUAUGUGUUCUGCAAUCAUGGCCAAAAACUUAAUAUAGUUUAAUAGCAAUUCCAUAAUUUAGUGUUGUUGCUUGAAAUUUGUUUUUAUGUUAUUAAAAAAUAAUUUUCAUAAGCACAAACUGAAAAGAAAGAAAAAAUAAAAUAAAAAAAUUUUGAAAAAGCCGAUAAAACUAAAAUCUAUCUUUUUCAUUCAAAAAUGAAAAAAUAAAUACUUCUGAUGAGUAAUCGUAAUUAAUCAACAUUUAAAAUUCAUGUUUUGUGUAUGACCAUUUUUUCUGGAAAUUUUGUACACUGAGAAUUUUUUCAUCCAAAAAUUUAUUCAGACUCUUUUUAAAAAAUCAUAAAAUAAUAUUACAUUUUAUAUCACAUUUGUUCAAAAAUGAGACCCUUCUAUAUAAGUAUAACUUUUUUAACAAAUGUUUUUGGUGUCAAAACAAAUAUGCAAAAAUUUACUUUCUACAGUUUCUUACAAGAGCAUAAAAUCAUGAAUCUGAAAUUACAAAAGUAUGUAAAAUUUUUUAGAAAGUGCAAAAGUAAAAAAUCUUUUAAAAAAAGUUUAUUGUGAUUUCAAAAUGGAGUAGAUUUAUUGUGUUACUGUUAUUAGUUGAAAAUGUAUUGAAGAACAAAAAUAAGCAGUUUUCAUAAGUUGCAACAUGAAAUUAUUCAUGUGCUGUACUGUACAAUAACUGCACACUGUGCUGUACAAUAAUUGUUUUGUUAUCAUAAUUUUAAAUAUAUUUGUUUUUCUUUUCCGUUAAAGUUACUUGGAAAAAUCACAUUUUAUGUAGACGUAAUAAGAAAUCUUGUUGAUAAUAAAAUAAGUGUUGUAGUUUCAGUACUUUCCCUCUUAAUUUAAUAAAUUCAAAAUAUUGUAUAAAUUGUAAAAGUAAGCAAAAUUCUGUUUUAUAUAGAUUGAAAAGCUCUUCACAAUGAAGAGAGAUGUAUCAUUAUUACCAUUAAACACACCGAAAUGUUCUGCAGAAGAGAAAUUUUGUCUAAAUUAAACACUGAAAUGCCUAUAUUAUCUUUGAAUAAAUUAGCUGCAUGAUAAAAUGGUGUGAAUUUUUAUUUUUUUUUCCCUUAUAUAUAUGCUGUGAUAUGGCUUGAAUGGUUUUAUAUUAGUCAAAGUACUUUAGUUUUUUUUUUUUUUUUUUUUUCUUCCCCAAUUUCUUCUGUCCUGCUCUAAUGUAUAUAUAUCCAUGUAUAUUUAUUUUUUUAUUGAGACUGAACUAUUAUUUGAUAACAUGCUAUGGUUUUUACACAUUGUAUUAUGAUUAUUGCAUACUAAAAUUGUUAUAUAUAGUUUAAUCAUGAAUAGUUUUAUUUUCAGUUAUUUUUUAGAAAGGCUAUUUAUGUAUUUCACACAAGUCGUUCUGAGAAAUGUAUAUUUUGGCAGUUUUUGUUUCAAAUAAACAGAUAAUUUUGUGAAGCUA